GGCAAUGGUCCGUCCUUCGACAGCCUAUAAGUAAGGGCUGUUUGGCACCUUCUGCCCCCUAACAACCUUCUUGCUCGUUGUCGCUGUCCACCCCACAGCUGAUAGCCCAAUGUCUCCUAUUACCGAUGUCCUCACUGGCGCUCCGUACCGCGAUCUUGCCCUUGCGGCAGUUGCUCUUACGGCACUGGGAGUCUAUUACUACCUCACUCACCUGAAGAGGAAGGACAUGCCUCCCGGUCCACCACCGGCGCCGUUCGUCGGCAACAGGCACCAACUUCCCAAGCUCAAGCCUUGGAGAAAGUUCGCUGAAUGGAACGCAACGUACGGACCUGUGGUAUCGAUCUACCUGGGCAAGACACCUGUGAUCGUGCUCGGCACUGCACAAGCAGCAUGGGAUCUGCUCGAAAAGCGCUCCAACAUCUAUUCCUCCCGUCCGAGGUUCAUAAUGGCCCAAGAGAUCCUGAGCGACAACCGUCGUGGCCUGAUGAUGCCGAACAAUGCCGAAUGGCGCAAAUGGCGCAAGGUGCUCAACACGGGGUUCCAUAACCGCGCGGCAGACACGUACAAGCCUAUCCAGAGCUUGGAGAGCAAGCGCCUCAUGUUGGACAUGCAUCAGAAGCCGGAGAAGUUUGAGACGAACUUGCAGCGGUAUGCGGCUAGUGUCGUCGUCAGCGUUACCUAUGGAAGGAGGAUCGAAAACCUCAACGAGUGGAUCAUCCGGGAGAACGAUGCUGCUAUGGACUAUCUGACAAGCGUGAACAUCCCGGGCAAAUACGCUGUUGAGUCAUUCCCGAUUCUGCUCAAGCUUCCUCGCUGGAUGCAAAUCUUCCGCAAGGAAGCCGAGGAGCGCAAGGCGAAGGACAUCGAGCUCUAUACUCAUCUCGUGAACGAUGUGAAGACCAAGAUGAUGGAUGGGUCGUGCAAGCCUUGCUUGGUGAAGGAGCUGGUCGAUGCUGGAGAGGAGAAGACGGGAUUGGACGAGCUCGCACUCGCUUAUGCUUGCUCGACGCCGUUCGGUGCAGGUAUCGAGACUACCUCCGCGACACUGUUGACCAUGAUCCUGGCUCUCGUCCAUCACCCAGAAGUGCUCCGCAAAGCGCAGGAAGAGCUCGACCGCGUCAUCGGGCCAGACCGCAUGCCCACGUUUGAGGACUACGAUUCUCUCCCCUACAUACGGGCAACCUGCAACGAAGCGCUUCGCUGGCGACCCGUGGCCGUCCUCGGCGGCACCCCGCACGCAGUGACCGAGGACGACUGGUACAACGGCAUGUUCAUCCCUGCUGGCUCCACCGUCUUCGCCAACCUGGACGGUAUAAUGCGUGACCCAGUCAUGUUCCCCGACCCGGACAACUUCCUCCCCGAGCGGUUCCUGACGACUACCGACCCCAGGCUGAAAGACUUUGACCUGCCCUUCGGGUUCGGACGACGGAUAUGCCCCGGCCGGCAUUUGGCUUCCAACUCGAUCUUCCUCCUCGCAGCGCGUAUCAUGUGGGGGUUCAAUAUUUCUCCUGUGCCGGGCCAGCCACUGCCAGAUAUAUGGGACUACACGGAUGGGUUCAACAGCAAGCCUAAGCCGUUUAUGUGCGUCAUCAGGCCUAGGAGCGAUAAGGUUAGGAAGAUUGUGGAGAUCGAGGCGGAGAGUGCGAAGGAGGCGCUCGAGGCUUGGAGUUGGUAG